CAUUUUUAACAAACGGCGCCUCGUAAGUCGUGCAUUACGCGUAAGGAUCGGGUGGCGCGGCGUAUGGAUGAAGGAGUUCAAGUGUUGUAAGAUGACUUUCAACUUCACAGCCUUUCUCACCAUCUGGUUACUCGUAGGAGUUAAAAGCUAUGAAAACAUUGAUGAGUGUGAACUUGGAUUGGACAACUGUGACGAAAAUACUAACUGUACUAAUACAGUAGGCAGUUACAUAUGCACAUGCUACUGCGGCGAUGGAAGAAAUUGCACUGUUUCAGACACAAGUAUGGGAAUUCGUCUUGUUGAUGGUAAUGAAACUUCUGGCCUGGUUGAGGUACUUCGCAAUUGUGAAUGGAGAUCAAUUUGUGAUGAUUAUUGGACCGAUGAAGAUGCAAUGGUAGCCUGUGGAAAAUUGGGAUUCUUGCCUUACGCUGCUGGAUCAUAUCGUAGGGGAAUAUUCAGAGAUGGUGAAGAAGUGCAAUACUGGCUAGAUGAUGUACAGUGUACGGGUAACGAGGUGUCGUUGUUUGAUUGUCCACAUAAAGACACCCAUAACUGUGGUAGGAGAGAAAGGGCUGGAGUCCACUGUCUGGAUACGGAUGAUGUUGCAAUACAGCUGGUUGAAAACACAACUCUUUAUUCUGGAAUUAUUGAACUAAGAAUAAGAGGUGAAUGGAGAUCAGUAUGUCAUGAUAAAUGGACUGACAAAGACGCUCAAGUGGCAUGCAGAUCAAUGGGACUUCCAUUUACUUGUGCUAAAAACGAAAUCAAUGGAAAGUUUGAGCCAGGUGAAGAAGUUACAUACUGGCUAUCUCAGGUGAAUUGUCAGGGUGACGAAGAGUCCUUGCUUGCCUGAUGCAUUGUGGAGUAGGAAACCAUAACUGUGGUAAAGACCAAAGAGCCAAAGUUAUUUGCAAAGAUAUCGAAGAUCGCAAACGCAGAGAAGAUAUUGAAGAUCGCCAAUCCAGAGAAGCACCAGACCCACCUUGUGAAGAGCGGGAGACAAGGGUGCUCAGAAAUGAGUCCUAUCUUGGAAAGAGGGCGAGGGUUUGGUGCAGAUUUGUUGGAUGGGUCAGUGGAGGUUUGUCUGUGACGAUGGAUGGGAUAUUAAUGCUGCAAGAGUUUUCUGCAGGGAACAUUACUUGCUUACUGAAGACACUGCUAUAACUUCUUUUCAUUAUCAUUUUGAUAUUGAUAUCAAUCAAGUACAUUACUGGCUGGAUGAUAUUCAAUGUACUGGAGAAGAAAACGACUUGAUGGACUGUGAGCAUGAACGUCUGGGUGUUCACAACUGUGCACAGGAUGAGAUAGCGGCUGUCAUAUGCAAUGGCACCAAGCAAAGUUUUGUACUUGAACCUUACCCUGGCGGGACAGCACAUGGUCCAUUCUCUAACGAAGGUCUCAAACAAAUAGAUUAUGCAAUAGGAGCUGUUGCUACAACUGAAGUAGGAGCUAUCCGUGGCCUGAUUGAAUUUGAUCUUGAAGGCAAUGGAACGAUCACUGUGGAGGUCGAUAUACUGGGACUGAAAGCCACAGAAAGGUAUGAUUGGGGAAUCAACGAUGAUGCAUGCACAGAGAUACCCUUUGAUCCAGCUGGGUUUUUGGAAAACUGCAACUAUGAUAAGCACUGCAGACUUAAAAAGUAAGCGUCCGUCAUUCCUUUAACCAUCGAUGCGCAUACACAUUGGGGGUUAUUGUUGUCAGCAUUUCAAAGGUCCAAAAGCCUUUGGUCCAUACUCAUGCAUAG